GAUGGAAACUCGAGCGGCGCGUCCAGGCCGGACCUGGCGGCGGCGGCGGGGCCGGCGGCGGCCGGGGAGCGGGGCUUAGGCUCGGCGGCCGGCGAGACGCGGGCGGCGCCGCCAUGAACGCGGCGGUGGUGAAGCGGACGCAGGAGGCUCUGGGGAAGGUGAUUCGGAGGCCGCCGCUGACGGAGAAGCUGCUGAACAAGCCCCCGUUCCGCUACCUGCACGACAUCAUCACGGAGGUGAUCAGGACGACUGGCUUCAUGAAGGGCCUCUACACAGACGCCGAGAUGAAGUCCGAUAACGUUAAGGAUAAAGACACCAAAAUUAGCUUCCUUCAGAAGGCCAUAGAUGUGGUGGUCAUGGUCUCCGGAGAGCCACUGUUGGCAAAACCGGCUCGGAUCGUGGCCGGGCACGAGCCUGAAAGGACCAACGAGCUGCUCCAGAGAAUCGGAAAGUGCUGUCUGAACAAGCUCUCCAGCGACGAUGCGGUGAAGAGAGUGUUAGCCGGAGAGAAGGCGGAAACAAAAGGAAGGUCCUCACUGACGUCGAAACCUCAAGAAUUGGAUAAUAAGAACGUGAGGGAGGAAGCGUCCAGGGUCCCUAAAGAUAAAGCGGAUAGAAGAAACUCUGAAAUAAACGAGAGAAAUACAAGCGGAGGUCGAAAACAGAAAGAGGAAUUAAAGGAAGAAAACAAACCAAGAGAAAAGGAAAGGGACAGGGAAAAGGCCAAGGAGAAUGACCGAGACAGACACAAAGAUCCUGAGAGAGACAAGUACCAUGAAGGGGAGAGAGAGCGGGCCAAGAACAGGACCCGGCCAGAGAGGGACAGGGCCAAGGACGCAGAGCGGGAGAGGGAGCCGAAGAACGAGGGCGGAAAAGAGAAGGAGAAGCGGAAGGAGAGGGAGAGAGAGCGCGAGCGAGACAGGGGCCGGGACCGGCAGAGGGUGCGGAAUGGGGAGCACGGCGGGGACCCCGACAGGGAGAAGAGCCACGAGCGUGAUAAGCCGGAGAAGAAGUCCUCAAGCUCAGGAGAGAUGUCUAAAAAGUCGUCAGAUGGAUCUUUCAAAGACUCCAAAGCUGAAACAGAGACUGAGAUUUCCACUAGAGCAUCCAGGUCAGUGACGACAAAGACAUCAAAACGGCGAUCCAAAAAUUCAGUGGAAGGAAGAAGGGAUUCUAGAACCAGUGAAAAUAGUCUCUCCCCUGAGAAAGAACGUAACUCUUCCAGCAGUAAAGCUGAGAAGGAACACACCGGGAAACAGCUCGGAAGAAAGGAGGAUGAUAUUUCAGCUAAAAUUUUAGACCCCAUAGUGUCUGGAUUAAAUAAUGAACCAGAUCAGGAAACUACAACUUCAGAAAUAGGUGAUUCUCCUAGUGAUGCAGAAGGAGACGUUGGACCUUCUGGCCAGCAGAAGUGUGAGGUGCCGGAGAAUUCCGAGCUGCCAGGCGAGCUCCCAGCCGCCGUCAGGAGGAUACCUCGGCCUGGGAGCGCACGGCCCGCGCCUCCCCGGGUCAGGCGGCAGGAGAGUGCGGAGGUGCUGACGUCGGACAGGACAGGAAGUGGUAAAACCAUCUCAAAUGUGAUCGUGGAGUCACAGAAUUCUGACAAUGAGGACGACGAUCAGUUUGUGGUGGAGGCCGCCCCGCAGCUCUCUGAGGUGUCAGAGCUUGAAAUGGUACAAGCGGUGGAAUUAGAAGAUGAGAAGCACGGAGGACUUGUCAAAAAAAUUUUGGAGACUAAGAAAGAUUAUGAGAAGUUGCAGCAGUCACCCAAACCUGGAGAGAAGGAGAAGCUGCUCGUCUUUGAGUCGGCGUGGAAGAAGGAGAAGGACAUAGUCUCCAAGGAGAUAGAGAAGCUCCGUGGGUCCAUCCAGAGCCUGUGCAGGAGCGCGCUGCCCCUGGGCAAGAUCAUGGACUACCUCCAGGAGGACGUGGACGCCAUGCAGAAGGAGCUGCAGCUGUGGCGCAGCGAGAGCCGGCAGCACGCCGAGGCCCUGCAGGCGGAGCGGAGCAUCACAGACUGUGCCGUGGAGCCCUUGAAGGCGGAGCUGGCGGAGCUGGAGCAGCUGGUCCGAGACCAGCAGGACAAGAUCUGUGCUGUGAAGGCCAGUAUUCUAAAGAAUGAAGAGAAAAUUCAGAAAAUGGUGCAUAGUAUCAAUUUGAGUUCCAGAAGGUGAAAGCUCAAACGUUUCAGAGACUGAAGGUGGUCCUCAGUUUGCACGUAAAAAGGAGGCUAGAACAUCCUUACUCCUUACGUUUCAGUUUGAAGACAAUGAACAGUUUACAAGGUUAUCCAGCUAAUUUUCAGAGCUUUACAGCUUGAGGCAUAUUCAGUGUAUGAAAGACCAUGUUUUCCUACCUUCCUCCGGCUAGAAUACUUGCUAGUUAUAAAUAGCUCUUGCAAAUGCCUGUGUGAAAAGUGUCUUUACAAGCCUGUUCUUUGUAUUUCCGCCGUAGGCUGUUCACUCCUGUGCCAGGUUCUCCAGCAGGUGAGUGGCGCUGGCACAGCCAGGGCUGCGGGAGUCCGUGAUUUCAGACGCUUGAGUCUAGUGACAGGACUUCUGUGAGUCAAGCACUGAGUGAAGGAUGGCUGUACUUUUUGAUAGGAACUUCAUAAAUCCAAUGAAGCCUGAAAAUGAAUGAAUUAUAUUUUUAGCUCAUUUCCACUUGAAAAGGGUUAAUUUCGGCCCAUAUCUUUAUAAGGUACGCACGAACUUUAAUUUUUAACCUCUUUGUAAUUGCAUACACUUUAUGUAAUUUUCUUACUGGUCCCUUUUAUCUUUUGCUUAUAUUUCCAGCCCUUAAAGUUCGUACAUUUAAAAAGAUUUGAGUAUGGCCUUCAUGGACAUCGUCUGGACAUGAGAUUGUCACAGGCUGUAUCCUCACUUUCUUCAACAUUUUGCCCCUGGGUUUUUGCCACGUGCACAGUUGUGUCACUUGCCUCGUUCUCUCCAGAAGAGGGGCUUGCUCUCCAAGGCUUUGGCAUCAUGCCUUUUCCUUCGCACAGGUGUAAGCACCUGUGCACCUGAGAGACAGGUAGCUUAGGGAAAACUGCAAAAGGAAGACUUAAAAGGAUACGUGGAUUUGCAAAAUUUUUUAAUGUUAGCAUUUUUUUGGAAAUUGUUUUUUUAAAGCAAAAGUUUUUUUUUUUUAAACAUGGUUUAUAUUUUGUUUUUCACUACAUAUAAUAUUGUAAAUACUACAGUCUUCAAUUUGUGUAUAAAGGAUUUCACUGUUUGGAGACAUACUUACGGGUCUUAAGGUCUGGGUCCUGAUACUUUUAUUUCUAGACACUGUAUUUAUUAUGUAACCCAAGGAGGGCCAUUUUAAGUGUUAGAAUUUGCCUGAGAAAGUUUUGUUUCCUUAAAAGACUAGCACAAAUGGCACAGUUAAGUUUUUCUUAGUGUAAUUUCCAAAAUAAAUCUGUUACAAAGGUAGUUCUAUGAUUUUCGAAGCUGAGUAAGUUCAAGGUCAGAUUAUUAAGAUCUGCUGUCGUGAAACAUUGGUCUUCUUCUCCUUCCUGUAGUUUACCGUAAAAUUCUGUUUGGCGAGGUUCCACUAAACGCAGCAUUGGCGGAGGGGAGGCGUGUCAGUCCCCAGUCCUCCACACGCUCAUCUUCUCUUUUCCACUGACUUGAAUGGCAGCCACCAUCCUAAAGGGACCCUGUUUUGCUUCAAGUUAAGGUGUCCACCUUUAAUGCAUUUGUACAUAAGACUAGAGAUUUUGUGUUGCAAAAAAUUGCAUACAUUGUAUUUGAGUAGAAUUUUGUAUGAAGUAGUCUCUCAAAUUGUAUCAUAAAAUUUAUUUUUCUUUUAUACAUAAAUCAUUAAAAAUAAUCAGAUAUUUUUUCUAUCAGUGUAUGGGUUGUGCAGUUCAGUUCACACCUGGAAGAAAGCAUGUAUAAGCAUUUGGAUUUUUUAGUUUUCAAAUGUGUGCAGUUUGUUUUUCUUUGAAGAAAGUUCAGGGAAAUUUAUAUUUUCACUCAUUGUGCCACCCCUUUUCUGUAUAAAUUGAAGUCUUAUAAGGCAGGUAAGCAUUUAUCAGAAAUUUUAAGACCAUUCAGGAAGUUUUAGAAAGUCUCUGUAUGUAGUUAUUACUGUAUCUUAUCACAAACGAAUUAAAUCCUGUUAUUUAUUAUUUUGAUAGACUACACAAAUGGGAUUAUUAAAUGUUUUUCUCUGUUUUGGCUUGUAAA